UACAGACGCACUCAGACUUUGAUGUGAAAAAUAUGAACCGUACAUUAUGUAAUGUAAAGAUAAAAGUAUCUACAAUCUUCUAUCAAUGAGGAAAGAGUCAUAGUUUAUUAGAAUACUUGGUUAUGCUGUCACGUGAAUCAAGAUAGUCACUGAUAAAAAUUGUCAAGAUGAAGUGGAUAAUCAUUGGAAUUAGUGGGUUGACGUGUAGUGGGAAAACUACUAUAGCUAAAAAAAUUCAGGAGACCUUGGAGGACUCUGUUUUGAUAAGUCAGGAUAAUUAUUUUUUAUCUGUGGACGAUCCAAGGCAUACACUUGUACCGGAGCUAAAUCAUUUAAACUGGGAAAUCUUAACGAGCCUUGACAUGUCGAAAAUGUACAGUGAUGUCAUGAAAACUAUUUCAUCUCUGUCAUCGAAUAACACUCUUGAAGACAAAACUUGCAGCGAGACUAAAAUCUUAAUCCUGGAAGGAUUUUUAUUAUUUAAUUAUGAACCUAUAGCUGACCUCUGUCAACUCAGGUAUUUUUUAGAUCUAAGUCGAGAAAUAUGUUGGAAUAGACGGAGCAAUAGAGUUUAUAAUCCACCUGACGUUCCUGGAUAUUUUGAUACCGUUGUUUGGCCAGAAUAUUUAAAGCACAAAGAGGAAAUAUUUUCUUGUCCAAGCUUAAUUAAUUCUGUUAAGCUUUUGGAUGGAUCCAAGAGUAUAGAUGAAUUGUACAAUAAAAUAAUGAGUGACAUUAAUGCGCUUUUGUAUAAAUACUUUAUAAAUAAAAAGUGAUGGCAUAAAGUUUAAAAAGUGUGUUUCAGACUACAGUAACAUUUGUGAUCAUUUUACUAUUUUAAAGUUGAAAUAAUCAGUCACAUGUGGGAAUUCGUAAUAAAAUCAUUUUAUUUUUAAAUUAUCUUUCGCAACACUUAGCAUAUUCACGUUUGUUUUGCAAUAAAACAUUUUUUUGUAGGAAAAAAAAAAAACUAAAAACAAAUUUUUUUUUUUUUUUUCAUACUGAAUUUGAAGAUUUGCAAAACAACGUUAAUUUAACAAAAUAUUCAAGAGCCGACUCAUUCUUAUUUUACUGUUUUCAGCUUUUUAUUAUAAAGUACAAAAUAUUCAUUCCUAAAAUACUUUGUUACAUUUAAUCAUUUAAGUAUCAAGUUGUGAAAUAUACUUAAAAAUGAUGUCUAUUAUUCAUAAUAUUAGUAUUGUUAAGCCUUAUUUUUAAA